AUGUGCGAGACCCUCACAGCAACCGGCCUUAGUUUUGCCUCUGAGGGCUCAUGGGCCGCAUCCUCCGCCGCAGUGUCUCUAUGGGUUGUCACAGCCUUCCAUGUCUUCUUCCUCUCCUUUGCUACUUACCGCGACUGCCAGAUGAGGAAGCAGGGGUGGUGGAAGGAGGAGUAUUUCCUCACUCGAGAUGCGGCGCACGCGCAGGCCUUGAAGAUCAAGCUGCACGUUCGCUUCCGUGCGCUGCUGUGCUCCGCGGCCCAUGCCAUUCGAGCACAGGAGGGUCUCUCCUGGCUUUCGAAACUCUGGGGGGUGCAGUGUGUGAGGACCUCUGCCGCUGACCGGCUCUGCCUCACUGAGCUGGACGUGCAGUUCAUGCUUCUGCACAUGUAUCAGGUCACGUUUGCCACGGAGGAGUCAGCAUGGACCCGAAAGCGGAACGCUGAUUUCCUGGCGUUGCAGCUCAAGGUGCAGCAGGCCAUCACAACAGCCUACAGCGACUUCGUCUCGAG